AGGAAGAGGAAGGCUGUCGGCUCGGCUGACCCGGCUCUUGUCGUCUUGUCGCCGCAGAAAUUUCACGAGACUCAGACUUCAAUUGCCGACAAGAAACUCCUCAUCGCCUCUGCGAUCUUCCAUUGAUUGAUCCCUCGAUCACCGUUUUUGGCGCUGCCCAUUAUCAAUUCUUAUAUUCUCAGGUGCUAAUUUGAUACAUAAUGAAAAAAUCAACUGGUACGAUUAAAAAGCAACCAUCAGCAACUGGCAGUAGGUCUCGCCGCAGGGACCCUUCCGAGGAGAAAGACCUCAAACAGUGCACGAUAUGCAAAAAACUCCUCAGACCCUCUUCAGUUUAUAGACAUGAACAAAAGUGUGAGCGCACAACCCGUGAGAGAGAGGAAUGGGAGAAGAAAAAUAAUGCCUCAAAAACUGGACGUGUCUCUCGGUCCGAGCUGGACGAACUGAAAAGAACUAUUGCAAAGCUACUGUCGGAGAGAGAAGAACCAGAUUUCAAGUUCUCGAGCGAUCAGGACGGUGAAGAUUCUCAUGAUGAUAAUGUGUUACCGGAGAGGCAUCGUCAAUUGGCACCACCAGCUCACGUUGUUGGAGGUGCUGACAGGUUUCUGUCUCUAAAGAUCAGCAGAGUCAAAUUAAACGCUGAAGAGAUUUCCUGCAUCAAGCAAUUGACGGAGUCGUUGUGCUACGCCGAAGCAGGCAAGUGGGACGAGGACAUGGUCGGUAAAUUACUUGAUGGAGUCACGGAGGGAGCCAAAACCGUUGACAAGACCGUCACUUCGUUGGAGCGAUUCAUUCGUCUCGCCAAGUUGAUUUCUCUGGACAUGACCUCUGUCGUCUUGGAGAAAAGGUGCCGCGAAUGCAACAAGGAGUCUGAAGUAAUUUUUCAUUCAGAUUGUGAACAUUUUUUCAUCUGCCAGUCGUGCUUUUUGUCGAUCAAAAGGUUCAGAUGUGUUGAAAAAAACUGUCUGAGAAAUAACUGCUCCUUCCGCCACGUGUGAAUGAAAUCAUGUCUUUUGCAACUGGCGUCAGCGUUCAUAUUUGUACUUCAAUUCUCUGUAUUUUUUAAAUGGUCUGCUAUUCUCGCGUAAAAUACUUGCGAUGAACUUUCCAACUUCAUGUCCAAGUUGGGCCAGUACCCAAGAGGACUUUUCAUUAAUUUUAUUUUUGUUGUAUGAUUUCACAGUUGCCAAUUUGUUUGGUUGUUUGUCCAAACUAAGAGAUUGUAUAUUUUUGUCAAUAACAAGCCUUUGUACUCUUUAUAUUUUGGAAUUUUUCAAUCAAAUAGUAUCUGUUGUGCCAUUGACACUUCUUGUUGCUCAUAUAUCUGCUUUGAGUUUUUUGUAAUUUAAAUUUUUUGCCGCUAUAAUAUAAAAUAAAACAUCAAAAAUUAACU